AUGGAAGGUCAAUUUAUUGUAGAUAAAGAAAUUGGUUCAGGUUCCAAUAAAACAAACCCACCAGGAUUUUGGAUUGGUUUCGAUGACGCUUUCUAUGCAGUUGCUGGAUAUCAAAUCCUUGCAAAUGGUCGUAUCGUAUAUUCUCAAGACAACGCAAGAGAAGAAGCAUAUAUAACUUCAAACUCACAAACUACCGAACAAAUAAAGAAAGUAGAUGUUUUCUCAAAGACUCGACAUGAAGAUGUAUGGAGUCAUUCGGGAACAUGCAGAACAGGACAAAUUGUUAGUGGUCCAAUUACAGCAGGAAAAUCAUUUGAUUUUAAGCUUCGUUUAAGAAUUCCUGUUAGAAGAUUCCUUCCAUUAGAAGCUAUUCGAUUUAUUCCAGCUUUUGCAGGAAACAUUCAGCUUAAAGUAAAGUUCAGUAGCGACGCCUUACAAUGCACAUCUAUAUCUGUAAAUGAUAUCAUUGCUUUCAAUCCAACUCUUAAAGUUGCAUUUGCUUCAGAUUCAAAUCCACCGACAAAUAAAUUUGUUCCAUGGAAUGAACCAUUCACUAUGAUAACGAAGGCAGUAGAAGCUAGUGGAACAGUUACUAUUACAACUGUAACCCAGCAACUAUUUCGAACAAAGAUGGAUUUUAAUGAAUGUUUCAUUCAUCCAAAGUCAUUCUCUUUAGACCCUAACAUUUAUACAGAACUUGUAGAACAUUAUACAAACGAGGCUUUAUGUUUUCCUGUUAAAGUUAUGGAUUGG